AUGACUUCCUUCUACAUGACCUCAAGCCAGCCUCUGGGCAGCACCCAGAAUCCUGGAGAAAGAAGUGUCUGCCCCUCCUCCAUGGAUAUUGGGUACCACCCUGGCUUAGAGGAAAAGGCUGCCUGCCAAGGCCUCCUGGCCAGCCUGGCACAUGUCAACAGAGUUCGUGUGGGGACCACUCCUCUGGGCCGACCCAAUCUCUGUCUGCCCAACAGCUGCCACAGUGCUUGCCCUUUGCCAGGAACCCGCAACAUUCCCGCCAACAUCGGAAGCUGUGGGGCCUAUGGUGAAGGCACCCUGAACGGCCAUGAGAAGGUGACCAUGCAGUACCUGAACGACCGCCUGGCCAACUACCUACAGAAGGUGCGGCAGCUGGAGCAGGAGAACGCGGAGCUGGAGACCAAGAUCCAAGAAUGGAGCAAAUGCCAUGAGAUGACCAUGUGCCCCAACUACCAGGGCUACUUCCAGACCAUCGAGGAGCUCCAGCAGAAGAUCCUGUGCAGCAAAGCUGAGAAUGCCAGGCUGGUUAGCCAAAUUGACAAUGCCAAACUGGCUGCGGAUGACUUUAGGAUCAAGCAUGAGAGUGAGCACUCCCUGCGCCUGCUGGUGGAGGCGGACAUGUGUGGGAUGCACAAGCUCCUGGAUGACCUGAGCCUGGCCAAGGCCGACCUGGAGGCCCAGCAGGAGUCCCUGAAGGAGGAGCAGCUCUGCCUCAAGAGCAACCACGAGAAGGAAGUGAACAUUCUGAAGUGCCAGCUGGGAGACAGGCUCCGGAUUGAGCUGGACACGGAGCCCACCGUGGACCUGAGCAGGGUGCUGGAGGAGAUGCGGUGCCAGUACGAGACCAUGGUGGAGACCAACCGGCGUGAUGUGGAGCAGUGGUUCGAAGCUCAGUCUGAAGGCAUCAGCCUGCAGGCCUCAUCCUGCUCCGAGGAGCUGCAGUGCUGCCAGUCGGAGAUCCUGGAGCUGAGAUGCACGGUGAACGCCCUGGAGGUGGAGCGCCAAGCCCAGCACCACCUGAAAGACUGUCUGCAGAACUCCCUGUGUGAGGCCGAGGCCCGCUUCGGCACCGAGCUGGCCCAGAUGCAGUGCCUGAUCAGCACCGUGGAGGAGCAGCUGGCCGAGAUCCGGGCUGACCUGGAGCGGCAGAACCAGGAGUACCAGGUGCUGCUGGACGUCAAGGCCCGGCUGGAGUGCGAGAUCGCCACGUACCGGAACCUUCUGGAGAGCGAGGACUGCAAACUCCCCUGCAAUCCCUGCUCCACGUCUGCCGCCUGUGUGCCUCCCGCCUGUGCUCCGCACCCGAGCUGUGCCCCCUGCACCCCGUGUGGGCCCGGCUCAGCCCGUGCAGCCAGCACUGGGAGCCGGUUCUGA